AAACAAUUUGAAACAGACCUAUUUAACUACAAAUACCUUUUCAGCUUAAUUGGUUGAGAGAUUAUAUCUUGAUUCUGCUAUUACUCUUUUUUAUCUUUUUUACCGAUAAAAUAAAGAUUAUCAGUAUUUUCCUUUUAAUAAAACUCUAUCUGUGAAUAUCUAUCAUUCACAUACCUUGAUUUUUUAAGUUACACAGAGAGCAUAGCGAGAACAAAGACGCUAUUUUCUUUCUGAAAACUUAUCAAUGGCACAAAACCCUUCAAAAUUAUUUGUAGGAGGAUUGAAUUCGAAGACUGAUGGGGAUUAUUUAAACCUGCACUUCAGUAAGUAUGGCCAAGUCAAAGAAACUCUAAUUGUGAUGGACAAAGAAACUGGCUCUAGCAGAGGUUUUGGCUUUGUUACUUUUGAAGACCAUUCUGCUGCUGAUACCGCCUUUCGUGAUCAACAUUUUAUUCUUGGGAAAAAGGUGGAUGUGAAAUGGGCAACACCAAGAAACCCAUGUCACAACAGUCAGGAACAAAAUACUAUUGAUCCCAUUCAGAGCAACGGGGACGAGAAUGAUAAUAGGAUAGAAUUGAGGACUAAAAAGAUUUUUGUGGGAGGUUUGCCCCAUGACAUAAGUAAUGAAGAGUUUAAAGAUUUCUUCAGUACAUUUGGUACAGUUAGGGAUGCGGUGGUUAUGUACAACGGAGUAACAGGCAGAUCAAGAGGGUUUGGAUUUGUAACUUUCGAUUCUGAGGAUUCAGCAGAUACUGUGCUGCGGAAUAAAUAUUACCAACUCAAAGAUUGCCAAAUAGAGGUUAAGAUGGCUAAACCUAGAAGUGAGAAUGAUAAGCAGAGUCAGAGUCAUAAUCAGAUGGUGCCUUACUAUCUUUAUGGGUCCGAAAUCCCAUCUUUGUAUUUGGUUCUUGCCGACGAUAGGCAAGCUACACCACCAUUUAUAAACAUAAAUGGUUAUAAUUAUUAUGGUCCAAACUCUAUGUUUAGAUAUUACUCAAAUGGGGCAUAUUACAUAAAUAAUUACCACAAUAAAGUCUCAGCAGUUACAGACGGUGAUGGUCUCGAACACCAUGAAAAACCAAAUCAGCCAUCUGUUUAAUGGCAGUUUAUCAUCUCUUAAUGCUAA